CUUUAGAUCAUUCUCUAGCGUCUUGGGGUACGUCUUCAGGUCCUCGUGGGGCGCGAAUUGGGCAGGAUUCACAAAGAUGGAGAGUACAGCAAUAACGAGUGGAUUACAACGCACCCAAGCUGAGAUGCCCGUCAUGAAGAGCGCCCAUUGUCGCGACGUACCCGACGGUUUUACGGGCAUCGCGCGCAGCCUGGCGCCACUGUCUGUAGGAAGCGACAGUGGUGAACGUGGACUGAGUCAUAUUUCGCAAAUUACGAAGCAUACGUCGUGCGAUGGGGAGGCGAUCUACCCGAUUAGGACUCUGCCAUGUCCAUAUCAAAAGCCGAAAAAUCAUACAUCCAAACCGGCCUCCUCUCCGCGCCUCCACGACGACAAGACGGCCGCUCCCUCCUCGACUUUCGCUCCAUCGCACUCGAAACCGGCGUCGUCCCUCUCGCAAACGGCAGCGCCCGCCUCCUCAUCGCUGACGGCACCGAGAUCCUCGCCGCCACCAAGCUCCAAGUCCAAGAUGGCCCUCUCCCCCAACUGACAUGCACCGUCACCUGCUCGCCGGCCGCCUACCCGCACCUCUCCCCGGCCGCCCUCGACGACGUCCAAGCAGAUCUCACCGCCCUCCUCAACGGCACCCUCUCCCGCCACCGUCCCGACAACCUCACCAUCCUGCCUGGGAAAAAAGCAUGGGCCCUCCAUCUCGAUAUCAUCGUCCUAGCAGAUGCAGGCAACGUCUGCGAUGCGCUCUUCAUGGCCGCUCGUGCCGCUCUGUGGGAUACCAGGGUUCCGAGGACGCGCGGGGUCGAGUACAAGGCGCGUAAAGACAGCGGCUUCGACAUGCAGACUGCCCCCCCGGAUUUCGAGCUGGCCGAUUACUGGGACGACGGCGAGGUCCUCGGAGGGAGAGACACCUGGCCAGUCUCUAUCACCCUCAACAUCGAAUCAUCUGUGCACUACCUCGACGCUAUCCUCCAGGAAGAAGCUUCAACACCCCUCCGCCUGCUCCUCAUGUACUCUUUCCCCGGCCCUAUCCUCCAGGGAAUGCGCACAAUUGGCUCUGGCGACCUUAGUCUCCCCCAGAUAAAAGCUUUACUGGCGGACGGCGAAAAAUACGCACUCGAGCUCAUGCAGGCGUUGAAUGCAAAACUCUCAGAGGAGGAUGUUAGGCGGAAUCAAAAGGCCCGGGAUCGGUUCGAGCAGCGUUACUAGCAUUUACUUUUCGUGUCUUAGUUUAUUCACCAUACAACAACUUGCGACCCCAC